UAGGGAUCCAUUGGAAUGGCUGCAUUUGGUUGAAGUGAUCAUUUCAUCGGAAUCAGAUCCUGAUUCCAUCGUCGGUACACUGUACCCUACUUCCAGCCACCAAAGGCACGCGUUGACAUCGUUGUGCUCUCUGCAUCGUCCGUACGGCUCGCUCAUCGCUUUAUAUAUCGGCAGCGGCAGCUCUCCAGUCGCUGCAACUUGCACCACCUUCAAGCCAAGACGUUCAUCUCCCGUUCACACCACUCGCGACGUGUCAUCUCGCUCUGUAGCGCUCGCAAUCGCCUCCAAUCCACCAUGGCGCGUCUCCUCAAACCGGACGCUGAAGGUUUCGCCUUCGCGGCGCAGCAAUUGCGACUUGGACAGCUCGUAUCUUUCCCUACUGAGACCGUCUACGGUCUGGGCGCCAACGCACUCAAUCCGGAGGCUGUUCUGGCCAUUUUUGAAGCCAAGGCGCGGCCUCUCACAGACCCACUGAUCGUACACGUCCCCGCUCUGGAGGACGCCGUAAAGCUCGUGGACAUGACACCGACCGGCCAACAGGCUUUCGAAUGCCUGGGCAAAGCCUUCUGGCCUGGACCAUUGACGCUCAUUGCUAAGGCCGUGCCAGAACUUCCCCUAACACUGUCAGCUAACACGGGCUUUGUCGGACUCCGAUGUCCCAAACACCCCAUCGCACAGGCUUUACUGAAGGAAGCUAAGGUGCCUGUGGCGGCUCCAAGCGCCAACAGAUUCGGUCAUGUGUCGCCAACUACGGCUAAGCACGUUAUGGACGACUUGGGUGCGUGCAAGAACUUGAGUGUCAUCGAGGCGACAGCAGAGGGGUGUUGCGAAGUCGGCAUUGAGUCGACGGUGGUGAAGAUUGUGCCCGAGGAACGAAAGUUGAUUGUGUUCCGUCGUGGCGGCGUGUCGGAGCAAGCUUUGGAGGUGGUACUUAAGGAAAACGUGGAGUUACUAGGUGGCCAGUAUGAGUUGGUGACGAUCCAGAAGGAGGCCAAGAUGCAGACCAAGGAGGCUCAACAGGCUCCUGGACAGAUGAUCACGCACUAUGCUCCAGACGUGGACACGUAUCUGUACCAAGAGGAUGCAGUUGAGACAAUGGCCGCUUCACUUAAGGAGGAUGUGAGCCGCUGGGUGGUCAUUGACUUCCACGGCAAGCUGGUCAACUUGAAGGACCGUGUACGAGGUUAUCUCGAUCUCUCACCGACUGGAGACGUCGCAGAGGCCUCGCAACGCAUCUUCGACUCACUACGUUGGUCCGAAAACGUGCAAGGUGUCGAGCGUGUGAUCAUUACAGGAGUGAGUUUAGAGUCCCAUGAACAGGCUGCUGCUCUGCAUGAUCGUAUGUACCGAGCAGCAUCCGGUAAGCAGCGUGCACUGCAGCUAUAGACUGAAUACCUAUUUUACUUUCAGACACUCUAAUUUAGAGUUCGUUUAGAGUACUCUGUCCCAUUAAUCAAGCAGUAACAGUAAGGGUGUAACCCCACUUGGCAUCCAUCA